AGUGGUGUGGUUGGGGAUUUUUCUUGGUUUUGGUUGUUGUGUUUAGUGUGUGAUUCCAGGCKGCUCGAGGGGAGCUGGGUUUCACUUGCUGUCACUGCUCAGGGCUGCCAUCAGAAGGAGAUCUCUGGCAGCGCUCGCACUGCUUUCCAUAUCGCAAACUGGGAGUGCAGCAAACGGCACUGGGCUGCUGUGAGGCUCCUGAGAUGAGUGUGUGCAGAGACCUGGGCUAGCUGCUCUCGCCACUGCCGGGGACUCCCAGCUGCUGGAUACCUCACUUUCUCUCCUGCCUUCACUGCCAGGUCUGCUGGGGCUGCUUCACGUGGUGCUGCCCAACUUCUCAACAGCCUUGCAGGUAGCGGAGAAUCCAUAACAGGAUAAAGAAAAAACAGGAGACAAGUUUUAUUUCCCAGUCCGGGAAAAACAGCCUGUUGGAUUAUAAUCUGCCAGCUAUGGAAAGUGCCAGUCUGAGCAGCGAGGGGCCAGAGAACCCCAUCAAAUCUUCACUGACUGGGGGUCUGAAGAGAAAGAGGGGAAGACCAAAGAAGCAGCCACAGGAGAACGCUGGAAACACAGCURUUAUCCCACAGGAUACUGAGGAACCACAGCCAGCAAAGAAACGGGGAAGGCCAAAAGGAAGCAAGAAAGUGACUGAGAAAACGGUGGAACCUUCUGCUGGGAAAAAGCAAAGAGGGAGGCCCCGCAAGUGGCCUCAAGCAGUGGCUCAACAAGGAGAGUCUCAGGGAGGAAAUUCUCAGGAAAGCAAUGACUUGAACUCAGCACCAGGCAUCACUGGAAAAGAUGGUUCCAAGUCUGGCAAAACCACUGGUGUUAGGAGAUUUCUGAGUAACAUCCCUGCUGCAGCCCAGUAGAGUCCCACCUGUUCAUGUCUUGCUGAAGCCAGAGGACUGGAAAGCAAACAGGAUUUUUAAUGUUGUAUUUCAGUUUCUUCAUUUGUGAUAAUUUUAGCCAAGCUCUCUCUCCUGUUGCCUGUGGACUUGCUUACCAAAAAAUCCAAACAGGGAUUUAGGGGAGGAAAUGGCCAAAGCCUUGUUGGAAAGAUGCCUUUUACAGUUCGUAGUGUAUCUUUUGUGAGUGUAUUAUUUUUUCUUAAAAGUACUUGGAUAACCUGGUGCCUUGCCCUGCCACAGAGAGCGCUGUUUCAACAGAAAGGUAGCGUUGACACAGCAGUACAGAUAGAGGAAAGGAAAUUUAUUUACCCAGCUAAUGGCUGAGCUUGUCUGCCAUAACACCUCUGGCACACCGAUGGAGCAGUGCUGAGAGCUGUUUUGCUGCAUUGCCCAUAGGGACUGCAUCUGAAAGAGACAGCCUUUGAAUCAUUUCUUGACUAUUUCUGAAAGGAAAGWCCAUCGUGGCAUUUCCAGCUUGCCCAGCUUGCUGCUGUUCCAUGGUCAGGAACUUGGAUGCUUUAGGAGAAUGUUUGCACCCUGAUAYCUUAGGGAUUGAUUCUGAAAUUUUUAUCYUAACAUGAUCWGCUCAGGGAYUUUCUCUGCUAACCUCUU